CCUUCAUGGCUUUAUCCACUCCCGCAGUUCCGCUCACACGAGUGGCGAGUGGCGACCCCACGCUACGCGCUUCCUUCCGGAACCCCAUGGCCUGCCACCUCGGCCUCGCCGGCGCCGCCGCCACCACCGCCGUGCGCGCCCCGCGCCUCUCCAUACUCGCCUCCGCUUCCGCCGCCUCAGGACAGCCCGUCCGCCGUAUCCGCCGUCGCGCGCCUCCGGGGCAGCAGGGCUCGGCGCCGCCCCCGGCCCCCACCCAGCCGUCCGUCGAUGAGGUGCGGCGCGCCAUCGGGGUCGCCGACGACGCGGCGUCGUCCGCCGCCUCAGGGGAGGCGAAGAACUCCGCCUUCAUGGACCUCAUCGCCAGCACGCCCAUCGGGCAGCCCGAGAGCGAGCCCGAGCGCCGGCUCCGCGAGGCCGCCGAGUGGGUCGUCGACACCACCGAGGUGCGCGCCUGCGAAGGACAGAAAUCUUUCUUGGUGCUAUGCAUGAUGACUUUUCCCGCGUGGUUCUUGCUCCUGUUUAUUGCCCUUGGAGUUAUAAAGCUACCAUUUGAUAUUCCAGAUCUGGAUAACCUCAUUAUGUAAGGUGUUAUACUUAUUUUUGAUAUUUUUUCCUUCCAUUAUACACACUGCAGACACUGAAAGGAAAUAGUAUAUAUGACUUACUGUUGGAGCUACCUAUGUUGUAAGUUAUCACUAAGUUGUGUAAUUGCGUUUCUUAUUCAUCUUUCUACAACUGAAAUCAGAUUUUGAAAAAGUGUAUUGCUUCCAAGGGAAGGAAGCAAAAGUGAUUCUUAUUGGAGUUGCUAUUUAUGUGAUGGGCAGAAUAAGUUACUAUC